UUGGUUGUUGCGAUCGGUGCUGACUCAUCGCUUGCUUCAUAGUACAUACUUGUCCUUGUACGCACAAAGCGCUUCCUUUGUGUUUUGAGGCGGUUGGGGAUAUUUCUGAUCUUCGAUGACACGUGAUUACCAAUGCCAGAUAACAAAUGUGACGAAUCGUUUGCUCAGAAUAACAGUGAUACUGUGACAUCCACUCGUCCUUUGCAUGUGAUUACGCAGUAUGCAAGAGCGGAUGUUUCUGACAUGCAUUCACCCGGCAGACCAACCAGUUUGGGACUAUGUUUAACAAACGCUCCAAAUCUCACAGAUCUCAAAAGCUGUUCCUUAUCACUUCGCAAUGUUGUAUCCCAAGAAGUUUGCUAUCAGCCCUGGGCGGUCCGAGCUGUAGACACAUCGGAAUUUGAAAAGCUUUUAGGUCAUCUUGGCAACAAUGGUUCUACACCAGUCACUCCAACCAGCUUUCUAAACCCAAGCAACAUUACAGAGGAUCAAGAGUUGUUUGCAGACAAUUUUUCUCGGACUUUGAACAAAGUUAAAGCAGAACAAGAGGGCUGGGCAAUAAUACCAAGUUCAUCGUCUUUCGAUAGUGUUAUUACUGAAUCAAGUAAUUCUUCCUUUGAAAAACAGAUCCAGUCAAACCGAAAUGUUUCGAUGUCUUUUAUGGAGAGUUAUACUACCGGUGCUGAAACUUCAAGUACUAUAAAGCCAGAAAGCGAUCAAAUAGAUUCAUCUGUACACGUUUCAAAUCCGACGAAACUAAGUUCACCAAAUUUAACUGACGAACCAUUGGUAUUACUAAGCGAUACGUCAAACGAGAACCUUACGGGAGUACAAUCCAGUGUCGAUUCAAUACGAAAGCACAUUGGGAGUUCCAAAUGUAGUUCCUCAACUUCUGAUCCAUUCCAAGAAAAUUUUUAUCCCAAUAUCUUAUCAACUUCUAAUUCAAAUCCUAAUAAUAUCCAUAGAACAAGUGCAGAAAUCCCUUGGGUAGCUAGUCUUCCAACUAUUUCAUCUAUUGCUAAUGGAUUGAAACAAGCUGUUGCAGACCGUGGUUGCAGUUCUAAAGAUUUUUGUUCAGAGUUAGAUGCACUUUCUUCAGAAUCGCGCUUUACAAAUUCAGCGUAUCCUCACGAAAGUAUAGAAUCUCAUAGAUUAUCAGAAAAUGUUUUAAAAUCAUCCGAAGAUAUAUUAUGUAACAAUAAUAAAAAUGAUGGAAUUCAUAGUAAAUUGUCACAAAAAUUACCAAUCUUGACUCCAUGUAAUCCGGAGCAACAACCUUCUAAUAUUCUUGUUCGUUACGCUAUUCAAGAGAAUCACAAUGCUGCACAGAUGAAUGGUUCAUGCAAUGAAGAUCUUGGUGGCGACUUAGUAGCAUCGUCAUCUAGUUCAAGAUUGUGUGUCAAUGAUUCAUCUGACUUUGGUAUAAGAAAGGCUCUCAACGAACUGUACUCUUCUGCCCGACCAACUUUGUCUACCGUCGGGGAGUGUAGAAUUUUAACACCUGUCCUAUCAUCGAUUCCUGAAUCAACAUCAGCUGAUAGUAAUCCAUGUAAUGAAAAUACACAGAACAUUCCUGCUCAUAUUUAUGUUAGCUGUCAGUCGGGUACACCUCGAGAUAGUUUGAAUCACAUUUUAGAUAAUCAUUUGGACGCAACUUCCAUUGCUAAUCAGUCAUCGGGCUCUUCAGGCAUUCAUAACAGCGAUAAUAUAUUAAACAGAAAUGAUAUAUGUUUAUCGCGUCCGCUGGACUCGCAUACUAAUGGAGAUUUACGUAAUCAGCAAUUUGGUGAAAUGUAUUGUACUCUUGGUAACCAAUUUUCUGAUAAGUCGUUGUUAUUCCAGUCAAACAGUAGAUUUACAACAACCAGUCAUUUAAUCCCGUGCAUUAAUCCUGUAAGUGAUUCCUUUCUGGAUGCUCAUAUGUUGCAAAGUUUGAGGUCACCUGGAAUACCAAGUACUGAUUUAAAGCAGGUGUCUGUUAAUUCUGUGUUCAGUAUCGCUCCAGUUCCUUCAUUUUUACCUGAUGAAAAUAAUGGUGAUCUUAAUCAGAGAAAUAAUUAUUUUCAGCAGUUAUCAAAUUCCAAAUCAGAUACAAUCGAUAUCACUUCAUUUCCUGUAGUGACCAGCUGCUUAAAUCCUUUUUCGUCUGAACCAUUAUCAUUAGUCACUCAUUCAAAUUGUCUCAAAAAGCCUAAACGUCACGGCGCGGGAAAUAAAAAGUCACGAUCGAAUGCAUCAAAUACCAAUUCCGGAUUGCCAGUUGUAUGCGAUAGUAGUACAGACAUAAUACCAAUGCAAGGUAUGUUCAAUGAUGCAAAUAAAAGCAGUGUUAAGCGAUCACGUAACUUAACCGGACGUGGAAGCUCAGAUGUGUCUGGUAAAAUCCCUUCUAGUGUUUAUAAUAUUGAGAAUUAUUCUAUUACAAACCAACAAGCAUAUCAUGGAGAUUCUAAUAAGUGUUUUUCUGGUAAAACUGACUCUUUGGUUAUUGAUGAUGCGGAUGAUACAAGUGAUCAUUCAGAAUCACUUAGUACAGGAACUGGUCACGCCGUAAGGGAUAACACUCCAGUAUCGCCUUUAGACGAAAUUGAACAGCAUCAUUUAAAAUUGGAGAGGAAACGUGCUCGUAAUCGUGUUGCUGCACGUCGUUGUCGUGAGCGUAAAAUAUCACUUAUCAGAUCGUUAGAAAAUCAAGUAGCUGAGCGUGAUGCCCAAGUGAGAAGUUUAGAGGAUACAUUAGCUCGGUAUAGAGCUGAAGGUGAACAAUUACGAUUACAUGUAGAAAUGCUGGCUAGUUCAUACCCUAGUUUGAAAGCUGAGUUAUAUCGGUUCCCUUUUCUUUUCCAACCAUUAUCGUCACAUACACAACCACCACCGCCUCAACAACAACAAACUUCUAAUCAAACCACUCCAUUAAAAUCAGAACUUCCGGAUACAUCGUCAAAGCAUUUCACCUGAAUGUGUUGAACACUUACAUCUAAAAACACCAUUGAUACAUUUGUAUUGUUUCUUUAACACAAUGUUGUGAAACGAUUUCUAUUUUUUUUCGCCUUUUUUGUAUUGGCAUUUUAAUCCGCAGGCCAUAUUUUCCAUUUCUGUCAUAAUGAUUUUUAUACUUUUCAAGUUUUUUUUUUUUUAAAAAAAAGUAUACUCUUUUUAGGGUUCCAUUAAGAAUAGACCAUAUAAAUACAUAUAUCAUGCUUUUCCAUAAUCCCUUUCUGUCCUAUGCUUAUCAUGUUCUAGUUGUUCUUGGAAAAUUAUGUGCAGUGUUUAGUGUUUGUUCACAAUUGAGUACAUCAAACAUUUUGAUAUAUUGGUUUUUCAUCCAUUCUAACGUCCUUAAUUUAUUUCAUCUUACAUUCAUUUUACUAUUUCAAAUCCUAUCGUCUAUAAUCAUGUAACAAUUAGGAAUGAACUACUUUACCGGUUAUUAUGUAAUUAUGAUUAUCUUCCAAUCAGUUAAGACCACAAUCAAUAUGCUGAUGUUGAUAAAUGAAAUCAGCGUCAAUUUGUGCGCCUUUUUUUGAAAAUUUCGAAUUUUUAUAUUAUCAUCAGUCUUACUAUUAUUAUGACAUCAGACUGGGAAACGUUUUUUCUUACAGAUAAAGAUAGUUUAACAGGUGUUAUUUUCGAAAAAUCAGUUUUAAUGAAAUGACAUUUAUCCUCUUUUUGCUUUGAUGGUUUUCUAAAACUUGACAGUUCUUAAUUGUUACCUGUUUAUUAUGUUGCUUAUUAUAAUUAUCAAACAAGGUAAGUUGGCUGCUCAUAUGUUAUCUUUUUUGUUAAAAGUCAGGAGGAAAAAAACAUCAUUGUUACUUGAUGUAUAAGUCCAGUUGAUCAUUUCUUUUAUACAUAAACACUUUUUCUCUUUAUAUGUUUUUAUGACACAUGCACAUAUUGCCUUUAUUGCGUCAUUCAUUGUAAGCCAAAUGCUAUAUAUGUAUAUGGUAGCCUCUUUUAUUUCCUGGAGGUUCCAUUCAACCCGGUUCGAAAGAAUACACAUUUCAUAUAUACUUAAAUGCUAACACGAAUAUAAUAGAGAAUUAUAUAUCAGUAAGUGUAUAUGAAUGGUUGUUAUUCUUUGAGAAUUUUGCCUAUGCCUUCUUUUUUUUUCUCGUUUUUCUAUCAUUGCUUCUGUUUGGAUAUAUAGUAUUAAUGAUUAAACUAUUUUAUACUUGUACUACUAUUCACUACAUACAUAUACAUUAUCAUGUUUUCUAUGAACUUUCUAAUUCUGUAAAAGGUGAACAGUUUCAUUCAUACUCCUUAGUUUGUAACUUUUCCUAUCAUACGUAAAUAUGAGUGUAAUGUGCCUUCUAUGUUACUGCAAAGAAUAUAGUACUGUUGAAUACGAAUAAUAUUUGGCUGCAUCACCGAUUUGUUGUGAAAUUUGUGAUUGUUUUUAAAAGAAAUUCUAAUUUAGGCAUUACAGGAUGCCUAUAGUUAUUAUGCAUUUAUUCUACUAAAAGUAUGAUUAAGCUUAUUUCUUAUUUAUCUACGUGCAGGUAUAUAAUUUUUUUUAGAAUUUUUUUUACUGUAAUGCUCACUCUUUCUGCAAAGUUUCCCCUUCCAUGCAUAGCGCCGUCAUAUAAAUAUAUAUAACUGUAUAAUGUUUUUAACUACUCCACCAUUUUAUCAUUCUCUUCACCACCGACCGGUCCCAAUUGAAUAGUAAGAUCCAGGCAUCAUCUCUUUUCCUUUGAAAUACUCUUGUUUUGGGCUGAAGAAGAGGACAAAGCGAAUACACGAUACACUUUUUUUCACCAAUAAUUCUUGUUCGUUAUUGCUGUUUUGGAUCAUGGAAUAAGUAGACAUACUUUGCAAUAAUCGUUUUUUUUCGAUAUAUCAUCUGUCUUAAGCGAACUUUCCAUAUUUAUCAUUUCAUCUGUUUUUACCAUUGCUUUUUACUCAUAUUGAUGAUGAUGACUACUGAUUCAGUACCAGGAAGAAAAAAAUUAUAACGUGUAUAUCUUUCACGUUUCAGUCAGUUAAUUUAAAAAAGACAAACAUCACGUGUGUACAUAUUAAGUUUUAACUCUUCAUUUUAAUAAUACUAUUAAAAUUACUAGUGGUACUAUAAUUGUUAUUCCUUUUUUCAUAAAGUUUUUGUUCAAUAAAUUUUGAUAGUCAAAUCUAAAUAAAAAUUAAUUACAUUC